GAUCAGUUGAUGCUAGUGUUUUGCACAGCUCGGUUGAAAAUUCAUAAUAUAUCGCAUCUAAACAACGUGGACACAGUUAGUUAAAUACCGUUUCGUUCAGUUUUGUCUUGCAUGAUUGCAGUAAUUUAAUGCGAGCAAUUAAAUGCCGUGAUUCCGAUCCGAUAUCCAUUUUAAGCGGAAUAUUUAUGUGACAACAUACACAGCAGAUGUGAUUUGAUUAUGAACUGUAUCGCGUUUCUGUUUCAAUGUUGAAGCUUUACCGAUUACAAUGAAUGGCACUAUUGAAAUGCCUAAUCUGAUUUGAACGUUUGACGACCGUGAAUUAUUUGUGUAGACUAUUUGUCUGAGAGACAGAUGUUUAUGUGGCGUAUUUGCUUAAUCCAGAUAAAAGCGACUAAUUUACAAUCGGUAAACAAUUCUCAUUCAAAGUGCUAAGUGGUGGUGUUUACGAUAUUAUUUAAUCGCAUCAAAUUUGACCACCAAUCAUGAAAAAUUGUUAGUGAAAAACUGAUUAUUAAGAGACUAAUUAGAUCAAAAAAAAAGUGAAAAAUAAAAAGUAAAAAUGAGGAAAAAAUUCAAAAUUAAUCAACUUUCGUCUCCGACCACUGGCAGUGUGCAUGUGCAACCUCAAAUAAAUGGAUCAACGAUAAGUGUUGUGGAUGGAAUAGAUGACACUAAAACCAGUAAAUCAAAUAUUUGUGACUCAAUCGAGGACCCAAUGCCAACGACAUGGAAAUUCUGGCAGAAAAGACGGUAUUUGGUGAUUCUCAUGGCAUUUUUGGGAUUCUGUAACGUUUACACGCUGCGUGUCAAUUUGAGUGUUGGCAUCGUAGCAAUGACCGAAAAUCGCACAGUUCAUUACGACAAUGGUACAGUGGGAUACGAGCAAUAUUUUACAUGGAACUCCAAAGAGCAGGGCCUUAUUUUGAGCUCAUUUUUCUACGGCUACAUCACGACACAAUUUAUUGGUGGCUAUUUCGGAGCAAAGGUUGGUGGAAGUCUUGUCUUUGGUGUUGGAAUAUUUGCAACAUCGGUGCUAACAUUACUCACUCCGCUAGCAGCCCGUGCCGGGUUUGAAGUCCUAAUGGCUGUUCGCAUCAUUGAAGGAAUUUUCGAAGGUGUGACCUUUCCAUGCAUACAAGAUGUGUGGUCAAGAUGGGCUCCACCACCGGAACGAUCACGUGCAGCGUCUAUAUCAUUUGCUGGUACUUACGCUGGCACUGUAAUCGCAAUGCCAUUGAGUGGGGUGCUAGCCGCAUCCAUCGGUUGGGAAAGUUUGUUCUACGUGUUUGGUGCUAUCGGUUGCAUAUGGUUCAUUGCAUGGAUAAUAAUUGUGAAACGAGGACCCGAACUCGAUCGUUACAUAUCAAAAGAAGAGCUUCACUACAUCCAAAGUUCGCUGGGAUCUCUGGAUCGAGAUGAGAAGGCUUCCGUUCCGUGGAAAGCAAUUUUUACGUCGAAAGCUGUUUUUGCGAUCUGUGUAUCACAUACAGCUGAAACGUGGGGUUUAUACACCUUCAUCACUCAAUUGCCAACGUUCCUGAGAGAUGCCAUGAACUAUAAUUUGGGAAAAACGGGCUUCCUAUCCGCUCUGCCCUAUUUAGCAAUGGGAAUUUUGUUGCUAGUUUUUGGCUACUUUGCUGACCUGUUCCAAAUCAAAGGAUGGUUGACAACCACUCAGGUCCGGCGUUAUUUCAAUUGUCUCGGAUUUGUGUCACAGGCCAUUUUUAUGCUGUUAGCAGCAUAUCUAUUGGAUCCGGUGUGGAGUCUUGUUUCGAUCAUUUUAGCUGUAGGUUUAGGUGCGCUGGCCUGGUGUGGUUUUUCGGUCAAUCCAUUGGAUAUUGCGCCGAACUAUGCGAGCAUAAUAUUCGGAAUACAAAACACGAUCGGAACACUGCCGGGUAUAAUAUCGCCAACACUGACCGGAUAUUUGGUUCAGAACAAGACUGCUGAAGAAUGGCGCAUGGUAUUUUACAUCACAGCGAUCGUGUACGGCAUCGGAACGGUGGUCUAUUGGUUUUGGUGCUCCGGUGAACUGCAACCUUGGGCGAAAGAAAGCUUGAAGAAAGACAACACAAACAACAAGUCAGACAGCAAGAUUGACGCGUAACUUCACAGGGAAAGUGUGUGGUUUUAUAAUUGAUAAUUGAACAUGUAGCCAAUGGGUUUAGAUAACGAUUUCAAUGGAAAAAUAAAUUAUUCGAGAAAAUUGGUGGUGUUAGUACAUUAGACUAACAGUACCACUCUCUGUUAUUUUAAA